UUUCUAGUGAUGGAUCCCUACACAUGGGACAACCGAGUCCGUUUCGUAGUCAGACAUAUGUAUGAUACUGAUAACAAUGGAUACCUCGACGUAAACGAUUUCGAAUGUUUGGCACUGAAAUACACUAUUUUUGAAGGUAAAGGAGCUUACAAUGCUGAACUUCAUGAAAGUAACAAAAAGGUUAUGCAUGACUUGUGGUCAGAAAUGGCGGAACUGGCCGACUACAACAAGGAUGGCCAGGUGACGGUGGAAGAGUUCAAGCAAGGCGUCCAGAGCGUUUGCAUGGGCAAGAAGUUCGAACAAUUUCCACAGUCUCUCAAGCACGCCAUUAACUGCAAGUUCCAUGCCACUGACAUAAACGGUGAUGGCAUCGUCACUCUAGAGGAAUUCCGAAUGGACUGCGUGAACCGCAGCGCGUUCCAGGAAAUCCAAGAGAUCGACGACUGUUUCAAUAAACUGCUGAAUGAUGCCGACAAAGAAGCCGGAGGCAUAUCUCAAACUCGUUAUCAAGAACUUUAUGCGCAAUUUAUUGGAUCGCCAGAAACAGAUGUUCCAGGAGCAUACCUUUUCGGACCACUGUCUGUUUACAAUUGAUUUCAGAUCUGUUAUAAAUUAAUCUUUGUAAGAAAUUUAUUUCCGUUUUUGAAGAAUUAUAAUCAUCAGUUGUUGUCUGUAUGUACUUGCGGAAAUGGAAUGUGAUAUAAUACCAUUUUGAAUCAAUUUAAUAUUAUAUACGUAGAGAAGAACAACUUCCUACCUUUUUUCAUUUGAUAAAAAUUUUGUUUAAACUUUUGUUACAAUAUGCAUAUUUGAAAUUUCGCUAUUUUUCGUAACAAUAUUUCCUAUGAAGAGUACUUAAUAGAAAUAUGCCCGAGAAUUUGAUGAUCUCAGGUGGAGAGGAAAGAAUAUAGUUUUCAUCAAAUGUAUUUAGAAAAAAAAGGUCUGAACUUAAUUGUCUGAAAUAAUUGCAUAGAUAUAAGUAGGAGAAUUUACCUUCUACAUCCUUUCUUAGGAAUUUCAAAAAUAUUUUCACAUAUUUAGAUUUAGAACGAAUUUAUUUUGUAUGGUUUGCAUUUUCUUCAACAGUUUUAUAAAUGAUGAAAUCUAGUUGAUAAAUAGACCACGAAACGCGCAUGCGCGAUCGUGAAUUAAUUAUACAUAAUAAAUUUAGGUCAGCAACUAUUGCUUCAGCAAAAUUAGUAAGUAAUAAAUAAUUAGAAACGCAUAUUCGUUCGAGUUAACAUUUCAGGGUUAAAGGUAAUGCAAAGUAUUUCACUUUAAUUUGUCACUAUGCAUGUUCUAAAAAAUAGCCAAAAGUAUUGAAGACAAAUUCCUCAUAUGGAGAAAAAAAAAUAUAAUAAAAUUUUAAAUCUAUAUUUCGUGAUAAUUAUUCAAUCGAUAAAUGUAGUUUUAUAAUGCAUAGCGAAUAAAAUUAAACUAGUAAAUACGCCCGUAGUUUAUUCAAAAUUAUAACCAAGUGAUUAUAUACAUCUGUUCUCAAAAAAAUAAAUACCCUUCGCUCCUUAAAAAGAAGUUUUUAUCAGAUUUCGUCAAAAUACAAAGAGUUUAUCUCUAAAACAAACAUCAAUCUACUAAUGUGAAUUUUGCCAAAAAAAUGUUUUUGUCAACACAAAAAUAAGCAAGUUUUGCUCAUCUGUCACUCGUGCGUUAAAACAAGGCAUUGGGUUUAUAAAUAAAUUAUUCUUUUAACACUUUAAGCAUUCUUAGAGUUUCUAUUUCAGCCUAUUUCAAUAAUACUUCUUGAUAACAGAAAAUGACAAUUUCUUGCAUAUGAAGUGAUUCAAAAUUGAAUUAUCUUAUGUUGUAAUUAAACAAAUAAUAUAAAAUAUUAAUAAAACGCAAACUCUAAAAAUUUGAAAUGCAUUCUGUUGCUUUUAAAAACGUGUAAUAAAUAAUAAAUAAAAAAUUUCACUCAUUUUAAUAACAUUUUAAAAAAGUAGCAUAAAAGUGUCUUCCUUAGUUUUGCUGUCAAUAAAAUGAAGAUAGAUGUAAUGAGAAUGUAUGAUGUAAAACGGAAGUUCAGUAAUCGUUUUCAAUAAAACUUAUUUCUUUUGUUUUUAAAACUCAGUCCAAUAUAAAGAUAAAUAUAGAGUUGAAUAUAAUAAUCUGUAGGAAAGCUAUAAUGUAUAUCAUCUUAUAUCUGAUAUUUUUCGAUGUGUGUGUAUUGCAAUGUGAAAUGCAAAUAAAAUGUAUUGGUGUAAAAUUACCUA